AAAUCUGCUUUCUAGAUGUGCUUGGGGAGGAUGGGGGCCUCUUCUCCGAGAAGUCCAGAGCCUGUGGAGCCGCCGACGCCCCGUCUCCCCUUCUGCUGCGGAGGAACCCCGCUGGCGGUUGUGGUGCUGCUCGCGCUGCCGGUGGCCUGGGGUCAAUGCAAUGACCCUGACAAGUUUCCAUUUGCCAAGCCUAUCAACCUAACUGUUGAGGCUCCGUUUCCCAUUGGGACAUAUUUAAACUACAAAUGCCUCCCUGGUUAUUAUGGAAGACCGUUUUCUAUCGUCUGCCUAAAAAAGUCAGGCUGGACAAGUGCUAACGACAAGUGCAGACGUAAAUCAUGUCGUAAUCCUCCAGAACCUGUGAAUGGCAUGGUGCAUGUGAUCAAAGACAUCAAGUUUGGAUCCCAAAUUAAUUAUUCUUGUAAUAAAGGGUACCGACUCAUUGGUUCCUCAUCUGCCACAUGCAUCAUCUCAGGCAAUACUGUCAUUUGGGAUAAUAAAGCACCUAUUUGUGACAGAAUUCCCUGUGGGCUACCCCCCACCAUCGCCAAUGGUGAUUUCAUUAGCACCAACAGAGAGGAUUUUCACUAUGGAUCGGUGGUGACCUACCGCUGCAAUCCUGGAAGCAGAGGGAGAAAUGUGUUUGAGCUCGUGGGUGAGCCCUCCAUAUACUGCACCACCAAAGACAAUCAAGUGGGCAUCUGGAGCGGCCCGGCCCCUCAGUGCAUUAUACCUAACAAAUGCACACCUCCAAAUGUUGAAAAUGGAAUAAUAGUAUCUGACAACAGAAGCUUAUUUUCCUUAAAUGAAGUUGCUGAGUUCAGGUGUCAGCCUGGCUUUGUCAUGAAAGGAUCCCCCCGUGUGCAGUGCCAGCCCCUGAACAAGUGGAAACCAGAGUUACCAAGCUGCUCCAGGGUAUGUCAGCCGCCUCCAGAUAUCCUGCAUGGUGAGCGUACCCAAAGGGACAAGGACAACUUUUGGCCUGGCCAGGAAGUGUUCUACAGCUGUGAACCUGGCUAUGACCUCAGAGGGGCUCCUUCCCUGCGCUGUACACCCCAGGGAGACUGGAGCCCCGCAGUCCCCAGAUGUGAAGUGAAAUCCUGCGAUGACUCUCUGGGCCAACUUCCUAAUGGCCGUGUACUAUUUCCAUUUAAUCUCCAGCUUGGAGCAAAAGUGGACUUUGUUUGUGAUGAAGGAUUUCAAUUAAAAGGCAGCUCUGCUAGUUAUUGUGUCUUGGUUGAAAUGGAAAGCCUUUGGAAUAGCAGUGUUCCAGUGUGUGAACAAAUCUUUUGUCCAAGUCCUCCAGAUAUACCUAACGGGAGACACACAGGAAAACCUCUGGAAGUCUUUCCCUUUGGAAAAGCAGUAAAUUACACAUGCGACCCCCACCCAGACAGCGGGAAGACUUUUGACCUUGUUGGGGAAAGCACUAUCUACUGCACAAGUGACCCCCAAGGAAAUGGGGUUUGGAGCAGCCCUGCCCCUCGCUGUGGAAUUCUGGGUCACUGUAAAGACCCAGAUCAUUUUCCGUUUGCUAAGCUGAAAACCCAAACCAAUGCAUCUGACUUUCCCACUGGGACAUCUUUAAAGUACGAAUGCCGUCCUGAGUAUUACGGGAUGCCAUUCUCUAUCACGUGUCUAGAUAACCUGGUCUGGUCAAAUCCCGGAAACGUCUGCAAACGUAAAUCAUGUAAAACUCCUGCAGAUCCAAUGAAUGGCAUGGUGCAUGUGAUCACAAACAUCCAGGUUGGAUCCAGAAUCAACUAUUCUUGUAGUACAGGGUACCGCCUCAUUGGUCGGUCAUCUGCUGAAUGUAUCAUCUCAGGCAAUAUUGCCCACUGGAGCACAAAGCCACCAAUUUGUCAAGAAAUUCCUUGUGGGCUACCCCCCACCAUCGCCCAUGGAUAUUUCACUAGCACCAACAGGGAGUAUUUUCACUAUGGAUCGGUGGUGACCUACCACUGCAAUCCUGGAAGCAGAGGGAGAAAUGUGUUUGAGCUCGUGGGUGAGCGCUCCAUAUACUGCACCAGCAAUGAGGAUCAAGAGGGUGUCUGGAGCGGCCCAGCCCCUCAGUGUAUUAUACCUAACAAAUGCAUGCCUCCAAAUGUUGAAAAUGGAAUAAUGGUGUCUGACAACAGAAGUUUAUUUUCCUUAAACGAAGUUGUGGAGUUUAGGUGUCAGCCUGGCUUUGUCAUGAAAGGAUCCCCCCGUGUGCAAUGUCAGGCCCUGAACAAAUGGAAGCCAGAGUUACCAAGCUGCUCCAGGGUGUGUCAGCUACCUCCAGAAAUUCUGCAUGGUGAGCAUACCCAAAGCAAUCAGGUCAACUUUUCACCUGGGCAGGAAGUGUUCUACAGCUGUGAGCCCGGCUAUGACCUCAGAGGGGCUGCUUCUCUGCACUGCACUCCCCAGGGAGACUGGAGCCCUGAAGCCCCCAGAUGUGCAGUGAAAUCCUGUGAUUUCUUGGGUCAACUCCCACAUGGCCGUGUGCUGCUUCCACUUAAUCUCCAGCUUGGGGCAAAAGUGUCUUUUAUUUGUGAUGAAGGGUUUCGCUUGAACGGCAGUUCCGUUAGUCAUUGUGUCUUGGAUGGAAUAAGAAGCCUUUGGAGUAGCAGUGUUCCUGUGUGUGAACAAAUCUUUUGUCCAAAUCCUCCAGCUAUCCUUAAUGGGAGACACACAGAAACUCCCCUUGGAGAUAUUCCCUAUGGAAAAGAAGUAUCUUACACAUGCGACCCCCACCCAGACAGAGGGAUGACCUUCGACCUCAUAGGGGAGAGCACCAUCCGCUGCACAAGUGACCCUCAAGGGAAUGGGGUUUGGAGCAGCCCCGCCCCUCACUGUGAACUUUCUGCUCCUGCUGGUCAGUAUCUGCUUCCACAUAUCCUAAAUGGGUUCAGAAUAUCUGGACCCAAUUCUUCAUGUCUCUAUAAUAAAAGCAUGGUAUCUGUUUGUGAGAUUAACUUUGUCAUAAGAAAAUCAUGUGGAACUCCUCCAAAACCCUUCAAUGGAAUGGUUCAUGUAAACACUGACACCCAAGUUGGAUCAACAAUUAAUUAUUCUUGUAAUGAAGGGUUUCGACUGAUUGGUUCCCCAUCCACUACUUGUCUCAUCUCAGGCAAUAAUGUCGCAUGGGAUAAGGAGGCACCUAUUUGUGAGAUUAUAUCUUGUGAGCCACCUCCAACCAUAUCCAAUGGAGACUUCUACAGCAACAAUAGAACUUCUUUUCACAAUGGAACAGUGGUAACUUACCAGUGCCACACUGGACCAGAUGGAGAACAGCUGUUUGAGCUCGUGGGAGAACAGUCAAUAUACUGCACCAGCAAAGAUGAUCAAGUUGGUGUUUGGAGCAGCCCUCCACCUCAGUGUAUUUCUAUUAAUAAAUGCACAGCUCCAGAAGUUGAAAAUGGAAUUAGAGUGACAGGAAAUAGGAAUUUAUAUUUCCUCAAUGAGAUCGUGAGAUUUAGAUGUCAGGCUGGCUUUGUCAUGGUAGGGUUGCCCAUCGUGCGGUGCCAGAUCAACAACAGAUGGGGACCCAAGCUGCCACACUGCUCCAGGGUGUGUCAGCCACCUCCAAAAAUUCUGCAUGGUGAGCAUACCCCAAGUGAUCAGGACCACUUUUCACCUGGACAGGAAGUGUUCUACAGCUGUGAGCCGGGCUAUGACCUCAGAGGGGCUGCUUCUCUGCACUGCACACCCCAGGGAGACUGGAGCCCUGAAGCCCCCAGAUGUGCAGUGAAAUCCUGUGAUGACUUCCUGGGCCAACUCCCUCAUGGCCAUGUGCUGUUUCCACUUAAUCUUCAGCUUGGAGCAAAAGUGUCCUUUAUUUGUGAUGAAGGGUUUCGAUUAGAAGGCAGGUCUGCUAGUCAUUGUGUUUUGGCUGGAAUGAAAGCCCAUUGGAAUAGCAGUGUUCCAGUGUGUGAACAAAUCUUUUGUCCAAAUCCUCCAGCUAUCCUUAAUGGGAGUCACACAGAAACUCCCCUUGGAGAUAUUCCCUAUGGAAAAGAAGUAUCUUACACAUGCGACCCCCACCCAGACAGAGGGAUGACCUUCGACCUCAUAGGGGAGAGCACCAUCCGCUGCACAAGUGACCCUCAAGGGAAUGGGGUUUGGAGCAGCCCCGCCCCUCACUGUGAACUUUCUGCUCCUGCUGCCUGCCCACAUCUACCCAAGAUCCAAAACGGGCAUUACAUUGGAGGACACGUACCUCCAUAUCUACCUGGUAUGAUAAUCAACUACAUUUGUGACCCCGGCUACCUGUUAGUGGGAAAGGCCUUCAUUUUCUGUACAGUCCAGGGAACCUGGAGCCAACUGGAUCAUUAUUGCAAAGAGGUAAAUUGUAGCUUCCCACAGUUUAUGAAUGGAAUCCCAAAGAAUUUAGAAAUGAGAAAAGUGUAUCACUAUGGAGAAUAUGUAACUUUGGAGUGUGAAGAUGGGUAUACUCUGGAAGGCAGUCCCCGGAGCCAGUGCCAGGCGGAUGACAGAUGGAACCCUCCUCUGGCCAUAUGUACCUCUCGUGAAUAUAAUGUUCCCAUAGCUGGCACUUUAUCUGGGACAAUCUUCCUUAUUUUUCUCACCAUUGUCGUCUCUUGUAUAAUUAUAAAGUGCAGAAAAGGAAAUAAUACACGUGACAAACCUAAAGAAGUUGCCCUCCAUUUACAUUCUCAAGGAGGCAGAGGAGUUCAUCCCCAAACUCUGCAAACAAAUGAAGAAAAUAGCAGAAUUCAAAAUGUUUUCAACAACUCAAAUAUUAAAAGUGGAAACAGGAUUUGA